AGUAAGACCAUGGCAGUCCCGCUUUUCAGACCCUUGAAACUGUUUUUCCUUCUCUAUCUUUCUCUGUUUUAUUGAAAAAAAUAAAUUAUUUCUCUGUUUUCUGUGUUUUCUCUGUUCUCUGUUUUCUUCGUGCAAAAAGAACUUGCUUUUUUUUGGUUGUUGUUCUUCUUCUUGUUUUUUUUUGGGUGUUUGAAUUGAAGUUUGGUGGGUUAUGCUUAAAAUGGCUGGGUUUCCUCCAAAUCUGAAUGAUGGUGAACGAUGGCUUCCCUCAGACAUUUUCCUCAACGAAGUAGCCAACUCAACCUCCAAACUUAACCCCCACCAUUUUCUUUCCAUGGACGAGCUCGCCCAACACUUGGCUGCUCUUUCUUUCCUCAGACAACGUCAAUGCCUUUCAAAAUCUCUGCUACAUAUACCCAUGGAGCCGUUCAGACCGCCGGUUCAGUACAACCAGCUUGGUUCUCUGCCUCAGAGGUCUCUUAAUCUCAGCCUCAGUCAUGGUCUUGAAGAGAAAGGUGCAAGCUUUCAUGGGUAUGGGGCUGAACUCCAUUACCACAAUCAGUUUCUGAAACCGGCUCAACUUCAGGUCUGUAGCUUUCUGGAAACUAGGAAGAGGGUUUUGAAUAGACAGCAAAACCGUCUUUGGACGUAUCAGGGAAGUGGGAUUGGAUCAAUGGGUGGUUUUGAGAAGGUUUCUGGAGGCACAGGUGUGUUUCAUCCCAGGGUUUUGAAUACCACAACCACCACCAGUAAUCCUCAGGUCAAAAAGAAACAGGGGUUGAGAAAUAUCCAGCAGAUUAAAGCCACCCAGCAAAGGAAACCUAUCGAAAGCGUGGGCAUGGGCAGAGGGGAUUGCUAUAACCAGCUUCGUUCUGAUGUUCGUUUGCCCCAAGAAUGGACUUACUGAGAGCUCUGAGAGGUCACCUUUCUUUGCUAUAAAGUAGAGUCUUGUUUCUUGAAAUGUUAUUAGAAUAAAAGCCUCAUUGAAGAAUAGAAGGUCAGUUGUCGUUUGGGGUUUGUGCAGUAGGACUAAAGAAAAUGUAAGAAAGUCCCCUAGAAAGUUGUGUUUUUUUCCCUCAUUUUGUAAGAUAGGUUCCCUAGAAAGGUUUUUUUAAACCUCAUUUUGUAAGAUGGGCUUUGUUCAAAUAAGUAAAAGUUUAAGAAACUUUGUAUUGGGAA